GCUGCAGGAUGGGAAAGUUCCGGAGCUCUUUGCACAACAACGAAUGUACUUGAGGCUCCUGAACGGUGCACUUAAAAAUAGUUAAGAUGGUAAAUUUAUGUAAUGUUAUGCCUGCGUUGGCCUUUUUAAAAAACCAUAAUAAAGUAAGUUUUUUAUUCAGUGUUCGACUGCCUUCUGCAGCAGGGAGCUUUCCCAAACUAUUAGCGCUCACAAAAAGGGUUUCGUUUAUAAACCAUUGGAAAGCAUGGAAGCUCUAGCAUUUCAAAUGUCUUACUAGCGCUAAGAAGGAACCUCUUGGCCUGGGAAGCAGAGCGCUCCCCAGAUCGGGUUGGAGGGUCCCCCUGGAGGGGUGUGAGGAAUUGUUGGAGGUGGGGGUGGGAGAAAGAAAACAGCGGCUUCCCGGUUUCCGCAGUCUUGGGAAGGGGUCUCGGAGCCAGGGCGGUGGAGAUCACUUGGAGAAGAACCGCCUGCUGGGCGCCGUCCCCGCGCUGGCCUGGCUCAGCUUCUGCAGGCGCCACGACGCCCGUCCCGGGGACGGGGACCCCUGCACAACGAUCCUCUCGGCGGACCCUCCCGAAGCUCGGCUUGGGCCCCACCCCGGGCGCCGCAGCCCCAGACCGAGCCUCCGCUCUCCCGUCCCCACUUGCCUGCCCUUGGGUCGGCGGCCGCGCGAACCUGGCACCCGUGCUAACUCCACCCCCCAACCCACCCGACGGCCUGUGUGCGUCCCGUUUGCCCAUCAGCCCAGCAACUUCUUCCGGCUCGGAAGUACAGUUUGUCAGAAGGAUCCCGCCCCUGCCGCGCCGGGUUCGCCGUUGCUUUCUCUCCACACUGCCCGCGGGGACCUCAGCGACUUCUCCGGAGCCAUGGAGCCUGAGACGCCCCCGGGGACGGGAUCGAGCAGAACCAACGGGAGCCCAUGUCAGCAGAGGGAGCCCGGCUGCCCCAUGCAGGAACUGAGACUUCUCCUCUUAGGGAGCAGUGGUGCGGGGAAAAGUGCCACAGGAAACACGAUUCUGGGCAAAACCGUGUUUGUGUCCAGCUGUAGUGGCCAGAUGGUGACAAAAAGGUGCGAGAGAAUGAGCGGGGCCACGGGAGAGCGGAAGGUUGUGGUCAUUGACACCCCCGACCUUUUUUCCUCCCUGUCUUGUGCCGAAGACAAGCGACGCAACAUCGAACACUGCUUGGAGCUCUCUGCGCCCAGCCUCCACGCCCUGCUGCUGGUCAUUCCCAUUGGCCAUUAUAAGGUGGAGGACAAAGAGGCAGUCAGGGGCAUCCAUGAGUUGUUUGGAGCCGAAGCCAAGAGGUAUAUCAUUAUUGUCUUCACUCGGGAGGAUGACUUGGAGGAUGUCUCUCUGCAAGAUUACAUCGAAGGGGAGGAGUGCCUCACCGAGCUGGUUGAAAACUAUGGAGGCCGAUACUGCGCUCUGAACAACAAGGCAAGCGAGGAGGAGCGGGCCCAUCAGGUGAAGGGGCUCCUCUGCCAAGUCCAGAAUUUGGUGGAUGAAAAUGGAGGACCAUAUAUUGUGAACUUCAGAAAUGAAGGCAGCGGAUUCCUGUAUUGUGUGAAUGAAGCCACGUCUCAGAAGGAGGACAAGCCGCAUGGGCAAGAGGAGAAGGCGCUUCAGGCCCCAGGAUGCAAGCCGGAACCUGGGCCGUCCAAACUGAAGGUCUUGCUUGUGGGCAAGCGCGGAGCUGGGAAGAGUACAGCCGGGAACCACCUUCUGGGGAAGCGACAGUUUGAGACCAAAUUCAGCGAAGAGUCAGUCACCCAGAGGUUUGUGUCUGGAAGCAGAAUGUGGAGAGAGAAGAAAGUUGUGAUCCUCGAUACUCCAGACAUCUCGUCUUCAAAGGACAUUAGAGCAGAGCUCCAGAGACAUUACUUUGGGCGCCCCCACGCCUUCCUGCUGGUGACGCCGCUGGGCUCCUUCGCCGAGAAAGAUGAGGCGGUACUGGACACCAUCCGGGGCAGUUUUGGAGACAAAUUCGUGCAGUACCUGGUCAUUCUCCUCACCAGGAAAGAAGACCUAGGGGAUCAGGAUGUGGAGAUGUUCCUGAAAAACAGAAAUAAAGCUCUCUACAAGCUCAUCAAGGCGUGCAAAGACCGGUUCUGCGUCUUCAACUACCGAGUGACUGGGGAAGAAGAAGAGCACCAGGUGGACAAGCUCCUGGAAACAGUUGAGAGCAUGGUGCAGCAGAAUGGGGGCAAGCCCUGCAGCUUCAGAGGGGAAGAUGCCCUGAGCAUUGUCCUGGUGGGGAGCAGCGGCACUGGGAAGAGCGCCACCGGAAACACCAUUCUCGGGAACCUCGACUUCUGCUCUCAGUUCCAAGCGCAGCCGGUCACCCAGACGUGCCAGAGCAGCAAGAGGAUGUGGGGCAGGCUGCAGGUGGUGGUUGUGGACACGCCCUCGCUCUGCCUGAUGACCAGUGCCGAGGGGCGUCGGUUCCCUCUGGAGGAGGAGGUCAGACGCUGUUUGUCCUGCUGUGAGGAAGGGAACAAGGUUCUGGUUCUGGUGUUCCAGCUGGGACGGUUCACUCAGGAGGACAAAAGGGCAGUGAAGGACUUGGAGAGCAUCUUCGGAGAGGAAGUUUUGCAGUACACAAUCGUGCUAUUCACUCGGAAGGAGGACCUCGAGUCAGGGGACCUUAGAGACUAUGUCCAGAACACAGAUAACAACACUCUUAAGAACAUCAUUAACAAGUGUGGGGGGCGAGUCUGUGCUUUUAAUAACAGAGAAACGGGCCAAGCCAGGGAAAACCAGGCAGUAGAGCUUCUGAAAAUGGCUAAUGAGCUGAUAAAGAGCCACGGAGGGCAGGGAUACCCCCACGAAUGGGAGAAAGUCAGCAAAAUCAUUAAAAAUGCCCAGGAAAAGUCCAAGCCCAGAAAAUUGCUGAGGCAUUUAAAAGACACUUUAUUAUAGGCAGCUGACGUGCCUGGGGAUCUCUCUAAGGUAGAGACACCCUCACUUGGGAACGGGGUGUGGUAGGAUUUCUGGGAUGGGAGGGGGCUCCAGCACGCUGAGGGCUUGGCAGGUGUGUGCAGCUCAGCCUGUGCUGCGGUAGCUUUUUGUGGGUAAAUGAAUCAUCAGGCUGGGGCAGGGGAUUGAUUCUAAAGGAGAAGGAAGAAAUUAGGUGGGGAAAUCUGGAAAGAGGCUUCAGAGCUUGGGUGGUUUUGGGGGCCAGAACUAAGUCACAUGAAUCACCAUGCCUGUGUAUGUAGAGUGGCAUCAGGACAGACACCGCGACCAAGGCCAAGGCCAGCCUGCGGUCAAAUACAGAGACCUACCCAAGGAUCAGGGGAUCCAGAUCCAUGAGAGCAGAGCAGUGAGCAGUGUCCCGCCAACUCCUGGCAUGGCAGAACGGAGAAGCCGGACUCACGUGGGUCGCCACGUGCCCCGGGCUGCUUGCCUGGCCUGCUGCCCGCCCCCCGCUCCCCCCGCCCUCCUCGGGGCUGCCUUGGCACCACUGGGAUAGGACUCGGGGCCAGCAUGUUCCUUUCCUUACAGGGUGGCUAUUCCAAGGCUGAAUAGAAAGUGCGACCCAGUCUACUCUUCUUUCUUGUCCCUUAGGAAAUGAACAUGAGUCUGGGAGGUUUGAAAAGAAUUUAUUGCUAACCAUCGCAGUGAAAUAGAGUAGAACAAAAAUCAGACACAUGGUGAAAUUGCCAAUUAGCCAAUUGGUGCUUACCAAUUGGCUAAUUGGUGAUUAGCCAAUUUUGCAAAGUUCCAGAAUUCUAAGUAGAAGUCUCGAUCACCUCUAGAAAAGUUUAUCGAAAACUCCUUUGCACUGGGUAAUGGACACUGGGGAGGGUAUGUGUUGUACCGAGCACUGGGUCUUAUAUGAGACUGAUGAAUCAAUGACCUGUACCCCCUGAGACAAAUAAUACAUUAAAUGUUAAUUAAUUGAAUUUAAAUAAAUAGAUACACAAAAUUUUUAAAAAAGAAAACUGCUUUGCACUUUUCUCCUUUUUUAAUCCCUGAGAGUUAGAAAUUAGGGUAACGCUCAUAGAACUCAAGUAAUAAUGUCUUGAACACACUAAGGGCUUAUUGUGUCUCAAGUCAGGAAGUCCAAGGGGAAGCAGUCCGAGGCUGGUGUGGCCUCCACGCUUAUGGUCACUUCUCGGGUCCAGGUGUGGUGGUUUCUGCCAAGGCCGAGCAGAUGGUAUUGAGGGCUGCCUGGUGUGGGCGAUAUACGAGGCGAGAAUUAUGGAGUCUUCUCCCAGGUAGGUGCGGUCAGAUGUUAUCACUGUUAACCAUUUUGUGUAUGCUUUGAGGGCAGGAUCUAUGUCAUCUGCUUUUGUCUUUUCAAAUUAUCCAUUGCCGGGGCGCCUGGGUGGCUCAGUUGGUUGAGCGACUGCCUUCGGCUCAGGUCAUGAUCCUGGAGUCCCGGGAUCGAGUCCCGCAUCGGGCUCCCUGCUCAGCAGGGAGUCUGCUUCUCCCUCUGACCCUCCCCCCUCUCGUGCUCUCUAUCUCUCAUUCUCUCUCUCUCAAAUAAAUAAAUACAAUCUUAAAAAAAACCAAAUUUUCCAUUGCCUUCAAGUUUAACCCAUUUAUCAGAGCAUGGACUGUCACCAUUAAUACUGUUGUACUCUCCAUAACCCUAAAUAUGACAAAUUCUGGAUAAGGGGUGUAUAAAUAUAUUGGGUUGAAUGAAGUAAUAAAGGUGAA